AAUCCAUCACCAUCGUCCAUUUAUAAAAAAAUAACAAGAUCCAACGGCGAAGAACUCAUGUAGGCAUGGUCCUGAGAGAGGGCAGUAGGAGCUGGAUCCUCCGAUAAAACCUCACUGGAAGUGACUUAGUUCGCAACUCCCGAGGUCUCUGUCUCUUUUCUUUUCUGUAAUGACCAACUGAAACAGUGGCGCACUGCGCACCUACCUCCACACUCCAAGGAGAUCACUCAUUUUUAUCAUUUUCUAUUGCUGUCACUUCCAUUUCUACUGGGUUCUGCUUCUUUUUUGUGAAGGAGUGAUCUUUUUUCAACGAACCGAUUGAGUUGACACGCAAUGUUUUGCUAGAAGACUGUAAUAUUUUUAAGUUUGGUUAUUGUUAAAUCAAGCAUUGGUUGCCCAUGGAUCCACCCACUUUAAUGGGCGAUGGGUCUUAUAAUUUGGCGGAGAUCUGGCAGUUUCCUGUUAAUGGUAAUGGGGGAGGUCAGUUCAGGCAGACAAUAGUUGGUCAGUUUAGGAAUAAUAAUAACGAUGUUUCCGGUAAUGAUCUGUUAAAUUUAGACCGGAGACGUGGUGAUGGUGGUGGUGCAAGAAAACACCGUAAUGCGGUGGUGGAUGAUUCAGCCAAGGUUGUGUCUUCCGGCAAUGGCAAUGGAUUGAAUGAUUCUGAUGCAAAACGGCUCAAAUCAUCAGGAAAUUUAGAUGAUGAUCAUGAUUCUAAAAUAGAGGCGGAACCCAGUUCAGGCAAGCAUGUGGAACAGAAUACUCAACCACCAGAACCUCCGAAACAAGAUUACAUCCAUGUAAGAGCAAGAAGGGGUCAAGCUACUGAUAGCCAUAGUCUAGCGGAACGAGCCAGGAGAGAAAAGAUAAGUGAAAGGAUGAAAAUUCUUCAGGAUUUAGUCCCUGGUUGUAACAAGGUUAUUGGAAAAGCUCUGGUCCUUGAUGAGAUUAUAAAUUACAUCCAAUCAUUACAGCGUCAGGUUGAGUUCUUGUCGAUGAAGCUUGAAACUGUGAAUACAAGAAUGACCCCUGGGAUUGAAGCAUUUCCUCCUAAAGAUUUCGGUGAACAAACAUUUGACUCUACGGGCAUGGCGUUUGGUUCACAACCCACAAGGGACUACAGCCGCGCUGCAUCGCCGGAAUGGCUGCAUAUGCAGGUUGGAGGCGGUUUCGAAAGAACAUAAUGAAAAAUGAUUAUGAAUUAGUAAUAAGAGCAUCAAGGACUCCUUGAGUGGCUAUCAGAAUAUAUACUCCAUUAUGUUAAAUCACAGAUAGAAUAUAUUUCAUUUUCAACAUCAGAUCUCCAUUCAUUUGUAUGUUGGGAAAUGAUUCUUUACGACAUAGCUUCAUGUUCUUCUCUGUACUAAUACCUGAAUAAUACUCGGUAUGAAUUGUAAAACAAAGUUGCUUAUUCAAAAUUCCUAGUGCUUGCUUGUAUAA